CCUUCGGCUCCAAGGAUCCAGCAACGGGCCGAAUGGACAUCAUAUCUUGCUUCAAGAAUGGCCCAAGUUACUUUACGGAUCCGUACUCCUGCGCAAACGGGUGCGGUUAGAAAAUCAAAGGGUUAGGGAUUGGAAUUGUAUACCGCGGCGGAGUUACUCAUUUGGUUAGAUCCGUGGUCUGGCUUUCUGCUAGAGGACAUUCCGACAACAUCCCGACCCGAUCUGCCGGCGUUGAGUCCAUAACCCGAACUCGCCUGUUGCUUUGACAAGUAUUCAACUCCUCUUACUCUCUGAAGUAUUCAAGUCUUCAUAGCUCUACAUGCUCACUAGAAAUCCCGCUCUCUUGAACUGAACUCGGGCAUCGCCAGAAACAUCUCAUCCCACUUGGACCGCAUCACAGGCCCCCGAAGAUGGGAAGCACGGAACCGGCAGUAUCGCCCUUCUCGGCGCCACCCAAGACCAUCACCUUCGACGGCCUGCUGUUCGACAUGGACGGCACUAUCAUCGACUCGACUAAUGCAGUCAUCAAGCACUGGGAAACGAUCGGCAAGGAAAUAGGAGUCGACCCGGCAGUGAUCCUCCAGACUUCUCACGGGCGAAGAACCAUAGACACGCUCGGGCUUCUGGCCCCAGAAAAGGCAAACUGGGAAUACGUCAAGUAUAUGGAGGGACUCCUCCCCAAGCUGCACGGCGCCGACGCCGUCGAGAUCCCCGGCGCGAGGUCCCUCCUCCAGGACCUCAUUGCCCGGUCCGCACCCUGGACCAUCGUCACCUCGGGGACGCUUCCCCUCGUAACCGGCUGGCUUGACGUCCUCGACCUCCCUGCCCCGCCACACCUCGUCACGGCCGAGUCGGUCGCCCACGGCAAGCCGGAUCCGUCCUGCUACCUGCUCGGGCGCGAGCGCCUCGGCCUGCGCGGCGCCGACAAGAGUGUGCUGGUGCUCGAGGACAGCCCCGCGGGGAUUCGCGCCGGUAAGGCCGCCGGUUGCAAGGUGCUCGCCGUCGUCACCAGCCACACGGCCGAGCAGGUGCUGAGCGCCGGGCCCGACUGGGUCGUCCGGGAUCUGGCUUCGGUCCGGUUGGUGCAGGGGGCGGAGGACCAACACCAACAGGGGAGGGUGACGUUGGAAAUUAGGGAUGCGUUGGUGGGUGACAAUGAUGUGAGCGGGGUGUAGAGAAGGGUUGGGAUAAAGGAGAUGGGGAGCUUCGCUGGAGGGGGGAAGGGGAGGGCCGCCGGGCACUCGCCGUUGUACUUCACAUAGACUUGGUUAUUUGGGUUGGACAGACGAAAUUUCAGAGUUAGCCCCGUCUCGUCGUCCGGUCAAAGCAUUGUGGGUGAUGGCAUAGCAAAACCGGCUCUAAUUGAUC